UGAUCAUGCUGCGUCGGGGUGGACCAACGUGGUCGUACAUCCAGUUUGUGACAUGCGAUUCUUGCGCGCGUGCGGGGAAGCCGUUUGUAUCGAACCAUUUUGGGGUAGUGACGCAAACUUUGAUGUUCGGAAGUGUCAACUCGGACGGUCAUCCUGGUUUCGUGGGAUCUGGUGAUGGUGCUGGCGUCGAGACUGAGCACAAACGUCCGCGUUUGUGCACAUCGACAGCGUCGCUUGGGUGGGAGGCGCUGCUGGAGGCCAGGCGGCAGCCCGGCGGCGCGCUGCCGGGCGGAGCCCGCCGCCCCUUCGCGGGGCCGCGCGCCCCGCUGGAGCACGCCGGCGGCGGCGGCGGCGGGCGCCCGGCGGCGGAGCCCGAGGGCGGCCCGGCUCCGUGGGGCGAGCUCGGCAGUGCCGGCUCGGCCUCGCAGCCGCUCUGGGGCGCGGCUCCUUCCGACCAGCCCGCGAACUUUGUCGCCGAGCUGCUCCUGGACGAGGGCAGCUGUCAGGAACUCAGUGGCCAGAUUUUGGAGCCGUCUCGGGGUCUGAGAUGGCCCAGCACUGGUCCUGGCCAGCAGGAAUGGCGGGGGCAUUUUCGAGGUUCUGACUUGGAGGAGGCCUUUUGUCUUUUUCGGCCUCCCAGAGCCGCUUUCGGGCCCUGGGACUGUGCACAGCGGAUCCGGGGUGAAGGACUGCACCGGCUGGACCCUGGGGGUCCAGGGACCGACUUUACUGCUUCGAGGACAUCAGACAUCCUGUUGCAGUCAGAGCCG